AUGGAUGAAGAAAACACUCCUAUGGAAGAUUCUUGUGGCGAAGAAUAUGUGUGUGGAGAUCCAAAAGUUGACAUUCGUGUUGGAGACGAGUAUCAGGCAGAGAUACCUCCUAUGAUAUGUGAAUCCAAACGUGCAUCUUAUCUUUUGAAUCCUCUAGCUUCUGAUCACGAAUCAAAUGCUGCCAUAGUUGUGGGACUACCUCUUGACAUAACGUGGAUAGACACCAAACUUAAAGACGACAAUGUAGACAUGAGUGAGUCUCUCAAAUCUCUAAAAACUAAAAGAAACCGCAACAGGGAUUCAUCUAAGCAGAUUCUUGAAGCUGUGCCUGAGAGAUCAUCCAGUUCCUGGGAAGAUUUUGAGGUUGAUGGCUUUGUUCUUGGUCUGUAUACAUUCGGGAAGAACUUCACUCAGGUGAAGAUGUUCUUGGAGGGGAAAGAAACAGGAGAACUGCUUUCUUUUUACUAUGGAAAGUUCUACAAAUCUACUAAGCACAAGAUUUGGUCUAACUCACUCAAGAAGCGUAGUAGGAAAUGCAUACAAGGGAAGAAGCUUUACUCUGGUUGGAGACUACAACAGCUGCUGUCACGUUUGAUUCCCAGUAUUACCGAUGAAUCGCAGAAGACAAAGCUUGUGAAUGUCUCGAAGUCAUUUGCUGAAGGGAAUACAUCUCUGGAGGAAUACAUCAGCUCUGUGAAGGAACUAGUGGGUCUUAAGUCUCUUGUGGAAGCUGUAGCAAUCGGUAAAGACAAAGAUUUGACAGUCCUAACAACAGAGCCUGUAAAAUCAAAACAAUGGUUCACGGUUUCCUCUGCGGUUCCUCCUGCUGGUUUAGGUGUAUACAGCUCACUCACAUCUGCUGAAAUAAUCGAAAAACUGAGCGGUGGUUCCCGUCUAAGCAAGGCCCGUUGCAAUGAUAUCUUCUGGGAAGCUGUGUGGCCACGUUUGCUAGCCAGAGGGUGGCGUUCUGAGCAGCCUAAAGACCGUGGUUACAUCAAAUCUAAAGACAACAACAACAACAUCGUCUUCCUCAUCCCUGGGGUGAAGAAGUUUUCGAGACGAAAACUUGUUAAACAGAAUCAUUACUUUGAUUCCAUCAGUGACAUUAUCAAAAAGGUUGUUUCGGAUCCUGAGCUUCUUGAGUUUGAGGGGGCAGCAGAGAUCAGCAGACCUUGCAAUGGAAUCAUGGAAGAGGAUGAUAACCAUGAUCAGUCAAAGCAAGAGAAACGCCGUUACCUAAAGUCUCCAGGCUCUUCUUCUUCUACUCAUAUGAAGUUCACUGUUGUGGACACUACUGGUUUGGCUUCAGGAGAGAAGUUGUGUGCAUUUCGAGAGCUGAAGAAUCCUUGUUCAGGAGAUAACAACUACUGUGUGGAUGUAGAGAAGCAAGCCAAGUUUGCUAAAGAAUGUAAGUGGGAGAAGAGAGGAAUGAAGAAACUGGUGGAAGAAGAGAAAGUGAGAUUCAUGAUUGUGGAUACAAGUGUGAACCAGUCAUCAGGGAUAAGGAGACAGAGACGUUUGCCACCCGCUAAUGAGAAUCUCUGCAAUGUCUUUGGUGAUCCAUCAUCAUCAUUGCAGAACCAAUCUGGUACCAAUACUUGGGAGCUGACUGGUUCUGGUGUGAAGGAGGAGAAGGUUCGGUCAAAGAAGAGGUCUGUCCGAAAAUCAGAAUCUGUUAACAAUCAUCAUUCGCUUAGUUCAUUUCCCUUGCCAAAACGAAGGCGGCUCAGUGCCUGUGUAAGGAAAGAUAUAGAACGUUUUGGUGAAAGUUCGGUCGACAUCAAGACUGAGAAACCAGAAGAAGCUGGAGACGGGACAGAGAUUCUGAGGCCAAAGACUGAACCAAGUGAGUUAUGUUCUAUAGACAUGCAGUGUUCUUCAAAGAAACAAGAAGAGGAAUCAUCAAAACAGUUGUGUUCUUCAAAGGAUCUGGAAGAGAAACUGAUUCAACUUCCUUCAACGUCAAGCUCAGACAAGAGGGAUUCUCCUUCCACUGAUCAUGGAACUACUCAAGAAACUGUAUCAAUAAAACAAGAAGAAGAAGAGGAAGAGCAAAACCAACAGAAAAACACAGAUCCUCCAAGAAGACAAAGCACGAGAAAGAGGCCGUUGACUACUCGUGCUCUUGAAGCUCUUGAAUCAGGGUUUUAUGCAGUGAACAGUACAUCUAAACCGAUAAAACGUGAAAGGUCUACAAGGAUCAAGCACUCAGCCAAUACGAGUAACAGAGCUCAAGGUGAGUCAGACAAUGGAACCACAUCAAGUAAACCGCUGGACGAAGUAGAGUGUUUGGAACCGAGCUUUCUUGUGGAUAAAGCAACAACAGCAGUGAGUAAGCCUGUGGAUCAGACAGAGGAUUCGAACAAGGAGACAAUAGAGCUCCCUAAACGUCCUCCGAUUCUUUUGAAACUUCCCUUUAAGCGAGGCUGAAGAAGUAGGAAUCACUUUUAGGGGCUUACCUGAUCUUAGAGCUUCAACUUUCUGAAAGAAAAUGUGUAUAGAAAAAGAGAACUCUUUAGGUGGAUUUCUGUUUUUUCCUUUUUCUUUUGUUUUUGCCUGUUAAAUCUCUUUAAGACAUAUUCA